AUGGCCAACACAACUUUAGGGGUCAACAUGUGCCCCCCGCCGUUUUAUGAUCCUUCGAUAUUUCCUGAUGAUGGUGGAUUUAUCGAUGGCCGACUCUGCAAACAACUAGAUAGCAUACAGUGCUGCCUGCCAUGUCCUAUGACAGACUGGGUUUACCCCGAACGAUUCGAGACAUUGACUUCAGUCGCAAACUGGGUCUCACUUAGCAGCCAGAUAUGUUGCGUCUUCUUACUUCUAUCAUGGGCAUUCCUCCCCGUCGAGAAAACCAAUCGGCAUUACUUGAGCAUAUGCUUGACAUUUGCCAUUCUACUCAUGAACAUGGGCUUUGUCAUUCCUCUCGCAGCACAGCCAGAGCAAUGCUACAACGAAAUCACACCGCACAGCAUGCAGAGCAGCAAGGUCUGUGGCGCUUCUGGUACCUUCCUUCUUCUAGGAGGCUGGGCAGGCGUCAUGUGGGUGUUUCUCAGGUCGGUGUCUCUUCAUCUUCAGAUUUGCUGGCAAGUUCUCGUUGGCAAGAACUUCAUGAUUUUUGCCCAAGCAGCUGGUUGGGGAGUCCCCAUUCUGGGAAUCGUCUUGGCCCUCGUCUUCAGUGGUGUCUCGUUCCGUUUUGGCAAGACAUGCCAUAUCAAUCACGCGAACAGCUUGGCUGACUUCUGGAUUCCGCUUCUGCUCUUUGCUGGACUGACUGUCAUCAUCACUUUCGCUACCUUUGGGUACUGCAUCAAGGUCUACUUGGCAUCCUUGUCUGAUAAUGGUGCCUCUUCGGAGGGGUCCAGCUUGCCCACUUACACGCAAAGCGUUAAGACCAUGAACCCACGACAAGUUUAUCGACGAGUCCGCCGCGUCAUCGCUCUCCAGUGGCGUGGAAUUGCUAUUGUAUUGAUCAUCAUUGCCGAUGUCAUUUUCUUCUCUGUGGUUUUUGUCUUCCAAGACAACGUCGUUCAGUCGGUUGCGGACGACCCUACUUUGGCAGAAGACUGGAUCGUAUGCCUCUUCGUUACCAAGGGUGAUAAGGAGAAGUGCUUUGACAAGGCAUCUGGCCUAGUCAUCAACGAAGCAACUGUAACAGCGGUGCUUCUUCUCUUAGCGCUCAACGGCCUAUGGCUCGUCCUCUUCCUGGGGCGAUGGGGCAUGGUUCAAGGCUGGAUUGACUUGAUCAAGCAGCCGUUUGUCCAAAACAAGAAGGAAUUUGUGUCAGUCGAUGCGCGCGUCGACGUCAAGAGUCAGCCACGUUCGUACGAGAUGCUCUCAAGAGAUUCGAGCGCUGCAGUAACACCUAUCUCUCCAGCAAUGAAGUCGCCAGAGGAGGGACGAAGAACCCCAGACUACUUCGGCCGCACAGCUCGCUAUCAUGCGCCAGCUAGGUCCUUCUCAAGCCCCAGACCACCAACGGGUCACGAUACGGAAUCAUACCCACUACCGAUAUAUAACAAAGAGAUGAACCCCCUUGCAAUGAACCGAACAUAA